AUGUUGUCCAAAGAAUCUAAAUUUUUAUUUUUAUUUAUUUUAUUACAACUUUGUUGUGGACAUCCACAAUAUCGCCAAUUAAAAUGUGCAACCCCUGAUGGCCAAUUAAAAGCUGGAAAGGAACGUGCUCGUUGUCAUAUGAUAAUAAAAGAUUCAGAAACUGAAAGUCCCGGAAGGCCUGCACCCGAGGGGGAUGGCUGCUUUACUGAACAACAUGGAGACGAAGAACGUGUUUAUUGUGAUUUAGUUUGCCCUAAAGCCCAUACUGUAUUCCACGCUUCUUUUAAUCACGGACAUCGUGCCUGUUUUAAUUAUUAUACUUAUCAAUUAGAAAAACGAGAAAAUGAUUGGUAUAUAUGGAGAUCGGCAAAUUGUUUAAAUUCAACCGGGACUUGGACUAUUGGUUGUAAAUUUGAUGAACCUUUUAGUAAACAAUUUGCAUCUGAUCAGGAAGUCUUUGCACGUUUGAGAGCUCGGGCAAGAAAAGCACUUUAA